AUGCAUCGCCGUGGCGGGAAACGUAUCAGGAUGGAUGAUCCUCCUCCUGAAUACGUAAAUCCUAUGACUCCUGCAACUCCGAUGACAGAUUACGGUGGACAAUCUGUACAUGAACCCGACACUUCUAAUUUGAACUACUCGGGAUUUAACAUUGGUGCCGCAGUUAAUUCAACUGCUGCAGAACCUUUGAGGGAAGAAGCUGAAGACUCUCAUCACGAGGAAGAAGAGCCAAGAUCGCCAUCGCCGACGCCAACUAAACGUGUAACUCGUAGUCGUGGUCGCAGAGGGGAUGGUGGAUUUGUAGGUCGUCUAGCAGAGUCACCGCCACCACCGCCGCUACGCAGGCGCGGACGAGGUGGUCGUGGUCGUGGUCGGGGCCGAGGCGCCGCACCACCUCCGGCCUACUCUCCUCCUCCAGUAUUAUUGCCUGGUGAUGAUGAAAAUAGUUUAUACAAUAUACUUAGAUUUAACAAGACUGCUAUUAAUCAAGUAGUGGACCUGUGGAUAGAAGAAUAUAAGACCAACCGUGAGGCAGCACUAGUUCAAUUGAUGCAAUUCUUCAUUAAUGCGUCAGGAUGUCGCGGAAAGGUCACCCCUGACAUGGCACAGAUGGAUCAUACAUUAAUUAUUAAAAAAAUGACACAGGAGUUUGAUGAGGAAAGUGGAGAAUACCCAUUGAUUAUGACAGGGCAGUCCUGGAAGAAGUUUCGGUCGAAUUUUUGUGAGUUUAUUCAGACUCUUGUCAAGAUGUGCCAGUAUUCCAUUAUCUAUGAUCAAUAUCUCAUGGACAACAUAAUCUCCCUGCUCACUGGAUUGUCUGACUCACAAGUCAGGGCAUUUAGGCAUACUGCUACACUAGCAGUGAUGAAGCUGAUGACAGCUUUGGUAGAUGUGGCGCUUCUGACCAGUGUAAACUGUGAUAACUGCUUGCGUCAGUACGAAGCAGAGAGGUUGAAGGCAAGAGAUAAACGGGCUAAUGAACGACUAGAAGUGCUGGUUGCCAAGAGGCAGGAGCUUGAAGAGAAUAUGGAGGAGAUUAAGAAUAUGCUCUCUUAUAUGUUCAAGUCAGUCUUUGUGCACAGAUAUAGGGACACAUUGCCUGACAUAAGAGCGAUUACCAUGGCCGAAAUAGGUAUUUGGAUGGAGAAGUUUCCUGCACAUUUUCUAGAUGAUCUUUACCUGAAGUACAUCGGCUGGACGUUGCAUGACAAGGUGGGAGAAGUUCGGCUUCGCUGCUUACAAGCUUUGCAGCCCCUAUACGAGUGUGAGGAGUUGAAAGGCAAGCUAGAGUUGUUCACUUCCAAGUUUAAGGAUCGCAUCGUUUCUAUGACGCUGGACAAAGAGACGGACGUGGCCGUGCACGCCGUCAAACUCGUCAUCGCCAUUCUCAAGUCGCGCAUGCACCCCGACGUGCUGACGGACAAGGACUGCGAGAACGUGUACGAGCUGGUGUACUCGUCGCAGCGCGCGGUGGCGGCGGCGGCGGGCGAGUUCCUGAACGUGCGGCUGUUCCGCGCCGACAGCGAGGAGCCGGCCGCGCCCGCGCGCUCCCGGCGCGGCAAGGCGCGGCUGCCCAGCACGCCGCUCAUCCGCGACCUCGUGCAGUUCUUCAUCGAGUCCGAGCUGCACGAGCACGGCGCCUACCUCGUCGACUCGCUCAUCGACUCCAACCCCAUGAUGAAGGACUGGGAGUGCAUGACCGACCUGCUGCUCGAGGAGGCCGGCCAGGGCGAGGAGGCGCUCGACAACCGCCAGGAGUCGUCGCUCAUCGAGCUCAUGGUGUGCUGCGUGCGCCAGGCCAGCACUGGCGAGCCGCCCGUCGGUCGCGGCGCCUCCAGGAAGCACCACCACAUGCUGUCCAAGGAGCAGGCCAAGGUGGUGAGCGACGACCGUACGAAAAUGACAGCGCAUUUUAUCGUCACGUUGCCGGCGCUACUGGACAAGUUCGGAGCGGACCCGGAGAAGCUCACCAACCUGGUGUCCAUCCCACAGUAUUUCGAUCUAGAACUAUAUACUACACAACGACAGGAAGGUAAUCUGAGCUUGCUACUGAACAAAAUCCGCGAGGUAGUGAACGUGCAGACGGAGGCGGAGGUGCUGGAGACGUGCGGGCGCACGCUGGAGUACCUCUGCACCGAGCAGAACGGCGUGUACACGCGCUGCAACGUGGCCCGCGCCACCAUCACCGACAUGUGCGUCAACCGCUACAAGGAGGCCAUCGACGAGUAUCGCACGCUCAUCGAGGGGGGCGAGACCCCGGACGCGGACGAGGUGUUCAACGUGAUCAACUCCCUGCGGAAGGUGUCGAUAAUGUACAUGUGCCACAAUCUGAACGACACCAACAUCUGGGAGUCGCUGUUCGAGGACCUGCCCAAGUGCGUGAAGGAGAACGAGACGCAGAUGCCGGUGCAGGCGCUGGUGUACGUGGUGCGCGCGUGCUUCUACUCCAUCCUGUGGUCGCUGCACGGCGUGGAGCAGCGCCUCAGCGAGCCCGGGCCCGGCGCGCUGCGCGAGCGCCUGCGCGCCUACAUCGCGCACUGCCGCGCCAUCGUCGCCGCCGGCCUCACGCCCGACCUGCGCGAGGAGGCGUACACGAGCCUGUGCGACCUGCUGAUCUUCUUCGCGGAGCAGCUGUACACGCUGCACCACCCGGGCGAGGCGGACAUGCGCCAGCUCGUGUACGAGCCCGACGCCGCGCUCUGCGACAUGCUCAACGACUUCAUCCAGGAGUUCGUCUUCGUGCACCACAACUACGUAUCUGUUGGAAUGAAUGAAUCCAGGCAGAACGCACAAAGAGUGUAUGAUAGUGACACGGGGGUGGGUGUUGCAGACGGUCAAGACGAGAGACGGAUCGAGGAGCUGCACAAGCGCCGCAACUUCCUCGCCGCCUACUGCAAGCUCAUCGUGUACAACGUGGCGCCCAUACGCAGGGCCGCCGACGUCUUCAAGCACUACAUCAAGUGCUACAACGAUUACGGUGACAUAAUAAAAGCGACUCUGAGCAAGGCGCGCGAGAUCAACAAACUGAACUGUGCGCUCACCAUGGAGCUGGCCAUGCAGGCGCUGUAUACCGAGAUGUUGGCCCGGCAUCGAACCCUGCACCGGCAGCUGCCGGAGUUCUUGGAACUCAAGGAGUUGGCGAAGCGCUUCUCGGUGAUGUUCGGGCUGGACGCCGUCAAGAACCGCGAGGCUCUCACCGCGCUGCACCGCGCCGGCAUCUCCUUCGCCGCGCUCGACCAGAGCGGCCACUCGCCUCCGCCCAACCUGCUGUUCCUCGAGCCGCUCGCCGAGUUCUCCAACAAGCUGCUGCGCCAGGACAAGCGGCAGGUGCUGAAGUUCCUGGACUCGCGCAUCCCGCACGCGGUGCAGUGGGGCGACGACUGGGCGGCGCUGCUCGCCUACCGCGGCUCGCUGCUCACCGACGUGCCCGACGAGCGCCCGCCGCCCGUGCGCAAGCACUACGCGCGCCGCCCGCGCGGUCAGAACGAGGACGACGAGGGUGAGGACAACGCGGACUCUGAUCAAGAGCAGCCCGGGAGGAAGCGCCGCCGACUGCUGCGAGUGCCGCGCCUCGCCCGCGCGCUCAGGUACGUGCCGCGCCCGGCCCCACGCCCGGCCCUCGUAGCCACGGGACCUUUACCCUUCAUUGCGAUAUACGUGGAAACGGUGUUGGCAAUACGCCGCUAA